AUGAGUGCUUCUUCUACAACUUCGGCUAUAUCUUCAACUAUUACUACAGCUAUUGCUUCGGCGACUGCCACGCAAAGCGCCUCUGGCUUUGUUCCUUCAAAAUCUGGGAACUUGGCUUUUACUGUGCUAUUUGGUAUCAUACUUAUUUCUCAUAUUGUGCUUGGAAUAUAUUUCAAACAACGGUGGUUUGGACUGACCAUUUCUAUUGGAAUUUUGCUCGAAAUGGUCGGUUACGGCUCAAGGGUCGCUUUGGCAAAUAAUCCAACUAGCCAAGAUAUGUUCCUAUCGCAAAUCACUUGCCUUACGGUUGCUCCUUGCUUUAUAAUGGCUGCCUAUUACUACUUGUUGGGGAAACUUGUCAUAAUUUAUGGGCCACGGUUUUCGAUGCUCCCUCCAAUUUAUUAUUCAUACCUUUUUGUCACUUGUGAUAUUAUCGCUCUAGUAAUCCAAUCUUUUGGUGGGGUCGUCAGUUCUUCUGCAGCUACCACCGAUACUCAGCAACAACAACUCGGAACCCAUAUCAUGGUUGGUGGUUUGGUUUUCCAAGUGGUUAGUAUGACUGCUUAUUUGGUGUUUUGGCUCUUUUUUUUCUACAGCGUGUAUUUUAGAUCAUCAAAAGAGACUUCCAGAUCGUUCAACGUUGGCAUCACCAAUUUUUUCCACACCAAUUACAAAGAUGAGCUUUUUAACCCUGACUAUUCCCGGAUGAGAUCUAGGCAAUAUUUCAAAUAUUUCCCGCUAACCGUCACCAUUGGGAUCUUUGCGGUGUAUGUCAGAUGUAUCUAUAGAGUGAUCGAGUUAUCAGAAGGGUGGAGUGGGUAUUUGAUUACCCAUGAGGCCUUUGUUUUUGUGUUUGAUGGUGCCAUGGUUUUAAUUGCAACAUAUAUUUUGCUUCCGCCAUUCUACCCAGGUUAUGUGUUUGGUAAAAACACCGUUAUUGUUGUUCCAAAAUCUUUAAAAAUCAAAAAGCAAGAUACAACUCAAGAUAUUAAUCUUCAGAAUUAUAGUUAUUAUAAUUCCCAAAGUAAAGAUAUGCUUGUGAAGAACUAA